AAAGAACAAAGUCAGACUCAGGAGGUCAUUGAUGCAUGUCAAGAGUUGACAGCUCUGUUGACUGAACCACAUGAAUGGGUUGCAAAUGUUGCAUGGGGAUAUGUUGACAGCGUGGUGCUCUCACUUGUUCUGGAAAUGAAGAUCCAUCAUCACGUCCUCCAAGCACCGGGGGCGAUUUCACUCUUACAGCUGACUGAGAGAACUGGCGACUCUAUAAAUCUGAUCAGU